AUGUCUGCCCUAUUGAUCCUAGGGUCCCUAGUGCUUUUGCAUGCUGGAUACUGCUCUUAUGAGUACCAUGCCUUUGUCAAGACUACUGGCUCAUUUGUUCCUACCGAGAUUAUUCUUGAGGUAAUUAUUGGACUUGUCAUCAUCAACUUUGGCGCCUUGAGCUCCAUCAAAUCCAGAUACAGAUUGGGAAUUACCCACGAUGAAGUUGUUUGGCCUCCACUGACCUUCCUUAUGCCCAUCAACUUGAGUGAAGCCACCGGGGUGGUGAACUCAUUGGGGAUUUCGGAGCAUGAAGAAUUGGAGACGAGGAGAGAUUUCAUUGACGUCAAGCAAAAGAGAAAGGAGUACACUGAGUGGUUGGCGAACCAGGAAGCCUAA